AUGUCUAGCAUUAGUCUUAUCAAAUAUGCUGUCACUGCUCUUUAUCAAUAUUAUGGAAUUCCAUUAUUAGUCUUUGGUUGUAUUGGGAACGUUUUCAAUCUUUCGAUUUUUGUUCGUUCUCAAUUGAAAAAGAACCCCUGUUCAACUUAUUUCUUUUGCUCAUCAAUCGCUAAUUUAAAUGUCAUAUUCUUCGGGUUGCUCUCACGAAUUCUUUCCGACGGUUUUGGUAUAGAUCCCAGCUCUUACAAUUUAGAAUAUUGUCGAUUUCGAUAUUUUAUUCUUCAUUCGUCAAUGGUUCUUUCGUCUUGGUUUACUAUCCUUGCCACUGUAGAUCGUUACUGUGUCAGUUCAAAAUCUGCGCGUCGUCGACAAUUGAGCAGUCUGAAAACAUCACGCUUUCUCGUCUGUUCGACAACCGCGAUUGUCUUCAUCUUAUAUUCGCAUGUCUGGGGUCUAUUCACAAUUGAACAAUUGAAAACUGGACCAUCGUGUUAUGCAGAUGCUGGGUUUUAUCGAGUCUUCUACGACUUCUUUUACUUUGCAACAUUUAGUUUUACGCCACCGGUAAUGAUGAUGAUAGUUGGACUAGGAACAUUCUAUAAUGUUCAUCAAUCUCACACGCGUGUAAAUCCUACCGAUACGAAUGCACGAAAACUUGAUCAAUUGAAAAAACGAGAUCGUCAAUUGAUUAAAAUGUUACUUGUUCAAGUGACUUUUACGAUUUCAUUGACGCUACCAUUAGCAAUUCAAAAGCUUUACUCCACAUUUACACAAAAUUUUGUCAAAAGUACUUAUCAGCAAGCAGUGGAAACCUUAGUUACUCAAGUGGUUCGAUUGCUGGCCUUUACAAAUAACAGUAUUAGUUUCUACUUAUUCACUUUAUCGGGAAGUUUAUACAGAAAAGAAUUCUUUCAACUUCUCGAUGACACAAUCUGUGGGCUGCUUGGCAAAAAGCGUUCAAUUCAUCGGGAAUCUCAAGAGUUAACCGAAUCGAGAAGAAAUGUACCUUCAAAAACAGUAAAUGUUGUAAGAGACGUGAAUCUUGCACUGCGAAAAUUAUCGAACAGCUAG